CAUACAACCAAGGAAGAUUCUCUCUCAUCAGCACCAUCUCAGCAAAACCGAUUCUCCGGAAUAUUUGUUUUUACCUUGUCGACGACACACACACAGCCCAAUCAGCGAUGGAUACCUCCGGGAAAGAGAAGGAGGCGAUGCAGUUGAUGGCUGAAGCCGACAAGAAGGUCAAAUCCUCUGGCUCGUUCCUGGGGGGUAUGUUCGGGUGAGAUGAGAUGCACUGGUUUUCUUGUACCAAGUCAGUAAACGAGCGCUAAUUUCAGUACUUCAUCACGGCGGGGGGAAGGGUCGAGGCUUUGCAUGACAUUGGACACCAAAAAAUAGCGAGUGUAUUGGUGAUGUAGCUGUGUGAUGGUUAGGCCUACAUUAAUGUAAAUGGUUUAAAAGUAUAAUUAUACAGUAGUGAGGGGGAGAAUGUCGGGCCUGUUUGUCGCAGUCAGGCCUCUGCCUUGGGGAGAAGAUCUGCAGUGUUCCGGUCAUCUGACAGCAAAUGGUCAACAUGUACUGUUUAACCACCAGGAUAUCGUUGCUCAUUACAGAUGACAGUAGGACCGCGUAUUAAAGGGUAGUGGCCUAUUAUAUAGGUACGGAAGUCCAGAAAGGACAUACUGUAUGAAUAAAUAAAUUCAUUCCUUUGUUAUGUCGAGAUCACAACUUAUUUACACUACAUCACCAAAAGUAUAUGAACACCCCUUUAAAAUUAGUGGAUUCGGCUAUUUCAGCCACACCCGUUGCUGACAGGUGUAUAAAAUCGAGCACACAGACAUGCAAUCUCCAUAGAUAAACAUUUGCAGUAGAAUGGCCCAGUCAACUGUAGAGCUCAGUGACUUUGAACGUGGCACCGUCAUAAGAUGCCACCUUUCCAACAAGUCAGUUUGUCAAAUUCCUUCCCUGGUAGAGCUGCCCCAGUCAACUGUAAGUGCUGUUAUUGUGAAGUGGAAACGUCUAGGAGCAACAACGGCUCAGCCGUGAAGUGGUAGGCCUCACAAGCUCACAGAACUGGACCGCCGAGUGCUGAAGCGCAUAUCACGUAAAAAUCGCCUGUCCUCGGUUGCAACACUCACUACCGAGUUCCAAACUGCCUGCUGGAAGCAACGUCAGCACAAUAACUGUUCGUCGGGAGCUUCAUGAAAUGGGUUUCCAUGGCCGAGCAGCCGCAUACAAGCCUAAGAUCACCAUGCGCAAUGCCAAGCGUCGGCUGGAGUGGUGUAAAGCUCACUGCCAUUGGACUCUGGAGCAGUGGAAAUGCGUUCUCUGGAGUGAUGAAUCACGCUUCACCAUCUGGCAGUCCGACGGAUGAAUCUGGGUUUGGUGGAUACCAGGAGAACGCUACCUGCUUGAAUACAUAGUGCCAACUGUAAAGUUUGAUGGAGGAGGAUUAAUGGUCUGGGGCUGUUUUUCAUGGUUCGGGCUAGGCCUCAUAGUUCCAGAGAAGGGAAAUCUUAACGCUACAUCAUACAAUGACAUUCUAGACGAUUCUGUGCUUCCAAAUUUGUGGCAACAGUUUAGAGAGGGCCUUUCCUGUUUCAGCAUGACAAUGCCCCAAUGCACAAAGCGAGGUUCCAUACAGAAAUGGUUUGUUGAGAUCGGUGUGGAAGAACUUGACUGGCCUGCACAGAGCCCUGAACUCAACCCCAUUGAACACCUUUGGGAUGAAUUGGAAUGCCGACUGCUAGUCAGGCCUAUCGCCCAACAUCAGUGCUGACCUCACUAAUACUCUUGUGGCUGAAUGGAAGCAAGUCCCCACAGCAAUGUUCCAACAUCUAGUGGAACCGCCUUCCCAGAAGAGUGGAGGCUGUUAUAGCAGCAAAGGGGGGACCAACUCCAUAUUAAUGCCCAUGAUUUUGGAAUGAGAUGUUCGACGAGCAGGUGUCCACAUACUUUUGGUCAUGUAGUGUAUCUCAUGAUCACGACAUAACAAAAGUUGUUUUGUCGAGAUCACAAGAUAAACUCUAUAAAUAGGAGUGUGGGCGUAUUGAUGAUGGAUUGACAGUAUGUCUGAGGCAGCAGAGCUCAUGGUGGAUCAGAGCAUACGUUUUUAUUGAUUGCUACACAAAGGGAUGGUACAUUUCAUGCUAACAUCAUGCUUUCGUUUGUGUUUGCAGCUUAUUAUCAGUUUCUAAGUUAGAAUGUAAGCAAGCUAAAUGUUCCUUGCCUUGAGCUGAAAGCACAUGGGGCAUUUAAGCCCUGAAUGAUGUCUGACAGGCAGCACUGUCCCCCAGGCUGUGUGUUCCACCCCCAGGACCACAGUCAAUCACAUGCAAGCAAUAACGCAGCCAACUUGGCUAGUCUCGUGAGCGAGCUAGCUAGCUAGGUAGUCUUGUUAGCUAGCUUGCUAGCUAGCUUGUUAUCUGUGUUGGUUGUUAGCUUGCAUAACUGAUAUGUGUAUAAUUGUAAGGGACACUUAAUGUUAUUUCAAUUUACAGAGUGGGUGAUCUCCAUUCCUGACAGGCUGAUCAGAUUCAAGAGCAACCUCACAGGCUAAUAAGUCAGGAUUCUGCCUUGUAGGCUUUCAUAGGUAAAGCUUCUUGUAGGCAGAUUAUCAUUCAGUGCGUUAUGUAUAUGAUCAAGAGUGGGUGCACUCUAUUCCUAGCAGGCUGAUCAGGUUCAAUAGCAUCCUCAGAGGCUAAUAAGUCAGGAUACUGCCUGUAGGCAGUCUACAAGGAGCCUUACAUAUGAAAAGCCUUCAAGGCAGUAUCCUGAUUUAUCAGCCUCUGAGGCUGCUAUUGAAUCUGAUCAGCCUGCCAGGAAUAGAGCACACUCACUCUGGAUUCUAUGCAUCAGCCUAUAAAGCGCUGACAGCUAAUCUGCCUGCAAGGAGCUUUACCUAUGAAACAGCCUACAAGGCAGCAUCCUGACAUCAGCCUCUGAAGCUGCUAUUGAAUCUGAUCAGCCUGCUAGGAAUAGAGCUCACCCCCCGAAUCAGAUAUGCAUCUGCCUAUAAAGAACUUUGACAGCUAAUCUGCCUGCAAGGAGCCUUACCUAUGAAACAGCCUACAAGGCAGCAUCCUGAUUUAUCAGCCUUUGAGGCUGGAAUGUUAUCUGAUCAGCCUGUCAGGAAUGGAGCUUGCCCACUGUAAAUGUAAAUAUUAUGCACAAAACAUGACGUGUCCCUUAUAAUUAUAUAACAGUUAUGGAAGCUAACAACCAGCAUAGAUAACAAGACUACCUGGCUAACUAGCUAGCUCAUAAGACUAGCCAAAUUAGCUGCGUUGUUACUUGCAUGCGAUUGGCUGUGGUCUUGGGGGCGGCAUGCAGCCUGGUAGACUACCUGUCAGGCAUCGUUCAGGGCUUAAAUGGCCCACGAGCACAUUGCGAUCAAUGCAGCACAGGGCUCCUUGAUGAGUUGGUUAUCGUGCAUCUGAACAAAUGAAUGGAUGAUGCGUGGUACUUUUGAUUAUCUCGUGAUCUCAACAAAACAACUUUUGUUAUGACUUGAUCAUGAGAAAAUUAUCUUGUGAUCUUGACAAAACAACUUUUUUGUUAUGUAGUGAUAAUGAGAUAAAUAAGUUGUGAUCUUGAGAUAACAAGAUAAUAUUUUUGUAUUCAUACAGUAUGUCCUCUCUGGACUUCCAUAUAGGCCUAUUCUGUAGAACAGACAUGGCUCUCUGACAUGUAGAGUAAGCCAGCUCUAUUCAUGAGAUGUCUAUAUUUUCUUUAGUAGACAAUGAUCAGUUUGCAUCCUCCUGAAUGAGACCCAGUAAACACAAACACACAUAUUCUGACGGUGUCCAGGUCUAUAGCUCAUAUACCUGCCAAGGUUUUUAACCGUGUGUGUGUGUGUGUGUGUGUGUGUGUGUGUGUGUGUAUUUCAGGGGGAGUCACCACAAAGUAGAAGAUGCAUGUGAGAUGUACGCCAGAGCAGCCAACAUGUUCAAGAUGGCCAAGAACUGGACCGGUGGGUCACACACACACACACACACACACACACACACACACACACACACAUACAAUAGACAUUAUAAUUAUAUUUGUGUGUGUGUGUAGCUGCUGGUAAUGCGUUCUGCCAGGGUGCCCGGCUCCACAUGCAGCUGCAGAACAAACUGGACUCAGCCACCAGCUUCGUCGACGCAGGGAAUGCUUACAAGAAGGCUGACCCUCAGGGUAGGAACACGCACCCACACCCACUCACUAGACUAGACUAGAGGGCAAAGCCUCCCUGACAUCUGGGACCCUCCCCUUUGAUAUUAGUCGCUAAUAGUAGGUCAAGUAUGCUUCUGUCUGUGUUCUCUCUCUCUUGCCCUCUCUGGUGGGAAAACCUAACCUCUCUUACUCUGCUCCCUUCAUCUAUAUCCCUGCCCCCUUUUCUCUUUCUCUCUCCCCUAUUUCACUCCUCCCUUUCCCCCUCUUUCUUGUAGAGGCUAUCAACUGUCUAAAUGCAGCCAUCGAUAUUUACACUGACAUGGUAAGCCUAGUCCAACCCUUGAGCCCUGACCUCUAAUCCCUAACCUGUGACCUCUAACCAUACCACUCUCAUCUUGAACCUGCUUCACCCGUUUCUAUGUGCAAUUGUGCAUGUACUGUGUGUAAGGGGGGCUAUGUUUUCUAGCCAUCAUCGAAUGAGACCGCCCGAUAUGAAGGCUGAUACAGUAUGUAUAUUCUAGUGAUUCUGUAUCAGUGUUGUUGCAAUCGACAUGUUAUUCUCCAUCUCUGUCCUAACGAUCCACAUGUGUAUUACAGGGUAGGUUUACUAUCGCAGCCAAACAUCACAUCACCAUUGCAGAGGUGUAUGAGUCUGAGCUGGUGGACAUAGAGAAGGUACGGAACACACACACAAACGCGCGCGUGCACACACACACACACACACACACACAGACACACAACUCCUUAUGAACAAUACUUUAUGUGUGUGUCUCCUGUUGCCCAGGCGAUCGCCCACUAUGAGCAGGCAGCCGAUUAUUAUAAAGGGGAGGAGUCAAACAGGUGAGUCUCCUGUGUUGUUUAGUAUAAAUGAAUACUAUACUAUUCAGUUAUGCUACCCUCUACUACUACUGUACUGUACUCAAAUGCUAUUGUAUUAUACUACUCUAGUACUUUUUAUCAUAUAGAUUAGGGUUCAGGGGGAGUUGUCAUGAGGGGUUCUCCAGGGCUCUAUACUGGGACCUGUGCUGUUCCUUCUGUCUCUCGCUGUCUCUCUCCUCUCUCUGUCAGUUCUGCUAACAAGUGUCUGCUGAAGGUGGGCCACUACAGCGCUCAGCUGGAGCAGUAUCCGAAAGCCAUUGAGAUCUACGAGCAGGUGUGUUUGUGUGUGUUUUGCCUGCAUUUUAAAACCCUGAAAUGUAAUCGGCUCUCUCUGAGGGAUGUCAAAGUGAUGUAAUGGUGUGUGUGUGUGUCAGGUGGCCACCAAUACCAUGGACAACCCCUUGCUGAAGUAUAAUGCCAAAGAGUACUUCUUUAAAGCCUCCCUCUGCCACUUCAUAGUGGAUGAACUCAACGCAAAGGUAUUAUUAUUAUUAUUAUUAUCAUUAUUAUUAGUGGUAGUAGUUCUCUUGUUUUGAAGCAAGACACACAGAGUAGACACAUAUUCUUCAUAUUAUUCCAACUGAACCGAGGGAGCACCUGUCAAUUAUUAGUGAUUACAAGUGUGUGUGUUUGUGUAUUUUAUAGCUGGCCAUAGAGAAGUAUGAGGAGAUGUUUCCUGCUUUCGCAGACUCCAGAGAGUGCAAGCUGCUGAAGGUAGACACGAUGAGCGCCUUUGUGUGUGCGUGUGUGUAACAGACUUCACGCUGCUUGUUUAACAGCAUAGCUUCCUUCUUCACGAGCCCACACCCAUCUCCCCCUCUCUGUCUCUCUGUAGAAGUUGCUGGAUGCCCAUGAGGAGCAGAACUGUGAGGCGUUUACUGAAGCUGUUAAAGAGUUUGACUCCAUCUCUCGUCUGGACCAAUGGCUCACCACCAUGCUGCUCCGUAUUAAGAAGACCAUCCAGGGAGAUGCUGGAGAUCUCAAAUAAAGAGAUAUAGAGGGGUGGGUUGGGGGGGAUACAAGAGGGAGGGAGGGAUAGAGAAAAAGAUAGAGAGAGGAUGGACAGAGACGGAAGGAGAGAUGAGGGCGAAAGGGAUGGAGGGAGAGAUAUAGGGUUAGGGCAGUGGUGUGAAGGGAGACGGGUCUCUAUGCGUUCGAUGUGUUCAGUGUAAAUAAGUCCAUGACUCCUGUAGUCCAUCAUGUCUUACCAUACCUCUCCACACACUCCUGUCAAAAACGUUAGCU